AACAAUGAAGCUCCGUACGCUUAUUGUCUUAGCCUUUGCCUUCGUUUUGGGAGCCGCAGCGGAGCAAUGUGGACGGCAGGCCAACGGCGCUCUCUGCCCCAAUGGCCUCUGCUGCAGCCAGUUCGGAUGGUGCGGCGACACCGACGAGUACUGUAAAAAUGGUUGCCAGAGCCAGUGUGGUGGCACGACUCCUUCCACACCCCCCAGUAGCGGCGGCGGUGGCGUCGGAAGUAUCAUCAGCGAAGCCCUCUACAAUCAAAUGCUCAAGUAUAGCAAGGAUCCUCGAUGCCCCAGUAAUGGAUUCUAUCAAUACAAUGCUUUCAUUGCUGCUACUCAAUCCUUCCCUGGCUUCGGUACCACCGGAGAUGCCGCUACUCGUAAAAGGGAGCUCGCAGCUUUCUUCGGCCAAACUUCUCAUGAAACUACUGGAGGGUGGGCUACCGCACCGGAUGGUCCAUAUGCAUGGGGAUAUUGCUUCAUAAGGGAGAUUAACCAAGACGUAUAUUGCUCACCGAACCAGCAAUGGCCAUGCGCUGCUGGCCAGAAAUAUUACGGCCGUGGACCAAUUCAGCUAACCCAUAACUACAACUACGGGCCAGCGGGUAAUGCACUAAACUUAAAUCUGCUAAGCAACCCUGAUUUGGUAGCCACGGAUGCGGUUGUUUCAUUCAAGACAGCCAUUUGGUUUUGGAUGACACCACAAGGAAACAAGCCAUCGUGCCAUGAUGUUAUCACUGGGAGAUGGCAGCCUUCGAGCGCCGACAGCGCUGCCGGAAGAGUGCCUGGCUAUGGUGUCAUUACCAACAUCAUUAAUGGUGGGCUCGAGUGCGGACAUGGCCCCGAUGAUAGAGUUGCUGAUAGAAUUGGGUUCUACAAAAGAUACUCCGACAUGCUUGGUGUCAGUUACGGCAGCAACUUAGAUUGCAACAAUCAAAGGUCUUUCUAAUCAUUUACGUAAUCUUAUAAUAUCAUGUAAUAAAAUGUCUUUUUGAUGUUGUAAAAGACAACUAUGGCUGUUGCUAUGUGUAAUGUCUACAUACAUAUCUUUAUGCAAUAAAUCAGUUUAGUUUUUCUUU